GGUGCUCCAGUCAGUUUGCUUCCAAACCAGAGGGCUAAAUUUAAUCCCCCACUCCCCAUUCAGCUUUCUCCAUUUACAGUAUUUUUUUGGUCAUGCUUUUUUUUCCCCUUUCUUUUCUUUUCUGGCUUUUUUUUUUUUUCCUUCUUUCCAAGAGGCUGGGCUUCCUUUUCUGUCCAUAAGCCCUCCUAUUUCCCCCUGCCCCCUGGAUGCCUGCCUACCUUUACUCUAAAAUCCAGAGGAGGAUCCAAUACACUUAGUUUGCCAGCUCUUCAAGAGUACUUACUCUUCAAGCCUGCUGCUGCUGCCACUGCCUGAAAGGACCUGAAAAACCACACAGGGAAUUUUGAUUUCUUCUGGGGACCCAGGGAAGAAAAAAAAUAUCCAGGAAAAACUCAUCUGGAGAUUGUGAAGAAGACAUACAGCAAUAGCAAGAAGUGGCAAGUUCUUUCCUUCUUGAACGCCGAAAAACACCUCAUCUCUCUGCCAGGUGUAUGGGACUUAGAUUCUGGAAGCACUGCACUGAACUGUUAAAGGUAAACUAUGACCACUUUACUAUUAGUGUUUGUGUGUUUGCGAAUCAUCGCAGCAGCCGUCGCCGUGGAGCUCUCAGACAGUAGUGAUGGCCUGGAAGUGAAGAUACCCGAGCAGUCUCCCCUACGUGUUGUCCUGGGAAGCUCCCUGAACAUCCCCUGUUACUUCAACAUCCCAGAGGAAGAGGACACCAGUGCCCUGCUGACCCCACGGAUCAAAUGGAGCAAACUCUCAAACGGGACCGAAGUUGUCUUGCUAGUGGCCACCGGUGGGAAAAUCCGGCUCAACAGCGAGUACAGGGAGGUGAUCUCUUUGCCAAAUUAUCCCGCCAUCCCCACCGAUGCCACUUUAGAAAUCAAGGCGUUGAGAUCCAACCACACUGGGAUUUAUCGCUGUGAAGUGAUGUACGGGAUCGAGGACAGACAAGACACAAUAGAGGUCCUAGUGAAAGGCAUUGUAUUCCACUACAGAGCAAUCUCCACCAGGUAUACCUUGAACUUCGAGAAAGCAAAGCAGGCCUGUAUCCAGAACAGUGCUGUCAUUGCUACUCCUGAGCAGCUGCAAGCUGCGUAUGAGGAUGGGUACGAGCAGUGUGAUGCUGGCUGGCUGGCUGACCAGACUGUCAGGUACCCCAUCCACUGGCCCCGGGUGCAGUGCUACGGCGACAAGGAUGAAUUUCCAGGAGUGAGGACCUACGGUGUCCGUGAGCCAGAUGAAACCUAUGAUGUUUACUGCUAUGCAGAGCAAAUGCAAGGUAAAGUCUUCUACGCCAGCGCCCCCGAGAAGUUCACCUUCCAAGAAGCUUUUGACAAAUGCCACAGUUUGGGAGCCCGUUUGGCCACCACAGGAGAGCUGUACUUGGCCUGGAAGGAUGGCAUGGACAUGUGCAGCGCAGGCUGGCUGGCCGAUCGCAGCGUUCGCUACCCCAUUUCCAGAGCACGGCCCAACUGUGGAGGAAACCUGGUGGGCGUGCGAACGGUGUACCUGCACGCCAACCAGACGGGGUACCCGCACCCCGACUCUCGCUACGAUGCCAUCUGCUAUAGCGGGGAUGAUGUUGAGACUCUGGUCCCAGGGCAGUUCAUCGAUGAGAGGGGAAGCGAGCUGGGCAGCGCUUUCACUAUCCAGACGGUCACCCAGACUGAGGUGGAGUUACCUCUGCCACGCAACGCCACGGAGGAGGAGGCCCGUGGCAGCAUCGCCACCCUGGAACCCAUCGAGAUCACCCCCCCUGCCACCGAGCUGUACGAGGGCUUCACUGUCCUUCCAGAUCUCUUUGCCACUGGUGUCACAGCAGAGACAGCUGCCCCAGAGGAGGAGAACGUGACCAGGGGGGAUGUCACAGCGGUGUGGGCUGUACCUGAAGAGGUCACCACUGUAACCUUAGGCACUCUCAUCACCACCCAAACAGCAGAGAUGAGUUCGGUGGAGGAAGUCAUGGAGGUGACUGCCACACCAGGACUAGAGUCUGCCUCGGUGUUCACAGUGGAAGAUCAGCUUGUGCGAGUGACAGCAGCCCCUGGUGUUGGCCUCCUACCUGAGCGGCCCAUCUCCCCCACGGGUGUGGUGUUUCACUACCGCUCUGCCACCAGCAGAUACGCUUUCUCCUUUGUCCAAGCCCAGCAGGCCUGCCUGGAGAACAACGCAGUUAUCGCCACUCCUGAACAGCUCCAGGCUGCCUACGAGGCUGGCUUUGACCAGUGCGAUGCCGGCUGGCUGCGGGACCAGACAGUCAGGUAUCCCAUCGUGAAUCCCCGAAGUAACUGCGUAGGGGACAAAGAGAACUCUCCAGGUGUGCGGUCAUAUGGCAUGCGCCCAGCCUCAGAGACCUAUGAUGUGUACUGCUACAUCGACAGGCUCAAGGGUGAGGUGUUCUUUGCAACCCAGCCAGAGCAGUUCACCUUCCCAGAAGCUCAGCAGUACUGUGAGAGUCAAAAUGCCACACUGGCCUCUGUUGGCCAACUCCAUGCUGCCUGGAAGCAGGGCCUGGACAGGUGCUAUGCUGGCUGGUUAGCUGAUGGCAGCCUCCGCUACCCCAUCGUGAGCCCCCGUCCCGCCUGUGGAGGGGAUGCACCUGGUGUGAGAACCAUCUACCAGCACUACAACCAGACGGGAUUUCCUGACCCACUUUCCCGGCAUCAUGUCUUCUGCUUCAGAGCUCUGCCACCUGUGGAGGAGGAUGGAGUCACCUUGUUCUUUGAAGAAGAUGCGCUGGCAACCCAAGUAAUCCCUGGAGUGGAGGGGGUACCCUCUGGAGAGGAGGUAACUGUGGAGACCGAGUUUGCCACUCAGCCUGAGAAUCAAACAGCCUGGGGGACAGAGGUCUUACCAACCGAUGUGUCACUGCUCCCAGUGAGUCCAUCUGUUUUUCCUCCAGCCACCAUAAUACCAGAGGAAACAAGUACCAAUGCUUCCAUCAGCGAAGUGUCAGGGGAGAUGACUGAAUCCGGAGAACAUCAAGUCAGUGGUGAAACUUCGGCAUCCGGGUGGGUACCUGAAGUCCCGGAUGCAAGUGGAGAACCGACUUCUGGACUUUUUGAACUUAGUGGAGAACACUCAGGGAUUGGAGAAAGUGGAUUACCAUCUGUAGACCUGCAUACUAGUGGCUUUCUACCUGGAGAAAGCGGGCUACCCUCAGGGGACCUGAGUGGUGUGCCUUCUGGCAUUGUUGACAUCAGUGGCUUAACUUCUGGAGAGGAAGAUGUAUCAGUGUCUACUUCGAGGACACCAGAGGUUAGUGGCCUGCCACCUGGAGUGGAAAGCAGUGGGCUGCCUUCUGGAUUUAGCGGAGAAAUCUCUGGCACUGAGCUGGUCAGUGGUGUGUCUUCUGGAGAGGAAAGUGGACUUGCCUCUGGUUUUCCUACCAUCUCUCUUGUGGAUACCACAUUGGAGGAAGUUGUCACAACGGUACCAGAACGACAAGAGGAAGGAAAAGGAUCCAUUGGAGUCAGUGGUGAAGGAGAUCUGUCAGGGUUCCCAUCUGCUGAGUGGGACACCAGUGAAGGAACCCAUGGGUUACCCUCAGGAGCUGAGCUCAGUGGGGAGCCCUCCAGAGAGCCUGAGCUCAGCGGGGAACCUUCUGGGGUGCCUGAGCUCAGCGGGUUGCCCUCAGGACUGAAUGUCAGUGGAGAACCAUCUGGAACACAUGAGGUCAGUGGCCUGGUGGACCUAAGCGGCCUUACUUCUGGUAUCGAUGGAAGCGGAGAGGCUUUGGGUGUUACCUUUGUAGACACCAGUUUGGAGGAAGUGACAACAAUCCCCUCAAUUACAAGAGCAGAAGCAAAAGAGAUUUUGGAAAUCAGUGGAUUACCUUCAGGGGGUGGAGACACAUCAGGCAUGGUAUCUGGAAGUUCAGACAUCAGUGGUGAGCCUUCUGGGCAUGUAGACUUUGGUGGGAGUGCUUCUGGAGUGCUCGAGAUGAGUGGACAUCUGAGUGGAGUGAUUGACAGCAGUGGAGAAGUCUCUGGUGUUGAUGUCACCAGUGGCCUACUGUCUGGAGAGGAAAGUGGACUCACCUCUGGCUUUCCCACAGUCUCUCUUGUGGAUACCACUUUGGUGGAAGUUGUAACACAGACGUCAGUUGCUCAAGAGGUGGGAGAAGGACCAUCCGGGAUGAUAGAAAUCAGUGGAUUUCCUUCUGGAGACAGAGGACUAUCUGGAGAAGCGUCUGGAGCUAUUUUGACCAGCGGGUUUCCUUCAGGGACAGGAGACUUCAGUGGAGAGCCAUCGGGGAUCCCGUAUAUCAGUGGAGACACUUCUGGAACCACAGAUCUAAGUGGACAAUCUUCAGCAGUGACAGAUGCUAGUGGGGAGGCCUCAGGGCUUCCAGAAGUCACUUUAGUCACUUCUGAUUUAGUACAAGUUGUGACAAUACCAACAGUAUCACAGGAACUGGGUGGGGAAACAGCUGUUACAUUUCCCUACGGUUUUGGGCCAAGUGGUGGGGCCUCUGCAUCAGGUGAACUAAGUGGGGAAACAUCCGCAUGGCCAGAAAGUGGUAUGGAAACAUCAACAGCUUAUGAAAUCAGUGGUGAAGCAUCAGCAUUUCCUGAAACUAGUAUAGAAACAUCCACAAUUCAAGAAAUCAGUGGGGAAACCUCUGCGUUUCCUGAAACUAGUGUAGAAACUUCCACAAUUCAUGAAAUCAGUGGGGAGACAUCUGCAUUUCCUGAAUUUAGCACAGAAACAUCAACAAUUCAAGAAAUCAGCGGGGAAACAUCUGCAUUCCCUGAGAUUAUCAUAGAAACAUCCACAAGUCAAGAAGCCAGGGGUGAAACAUCUGGCUAUCCCGAAAUUAUCAUAGAAACAUCCACAAUACAAGAAAUCAGUGGGGAAACCUCUGGGUUUCCUGAAAGUAGCACAGAAACAUCCACAACACAAGAAAUCAGUGGGGAAACAUCUGCAUUUCCUGAAAUUAGAAUAGAAACAUCAACAGUUCAAGAAAUCAGUGGGGAAACAUCUGCAUUUCCUGAAAUUAGAAUAGAAACAUUCACAAGUCAAGAGGCCAGGGCUGAAACAUCUGGCUAUCCUGAAAUCAGCAUAGAAACAUCCACAGUCCACGAAAACAGUGGGGAAACCUCUGGGUUUCCUGAAAUUAUAAUAGAAACUUCCACAGUCCAUGAAAUUAGCGGGGAAAGUUCUGCAUUUCCUGAAAUUAGCAUAGAAACUUCCACAGUCCGUGAAAUUAGUGGAGAAAGUUCUGCAUUUCCUGAAAUUAGCAUAGAAACUUCCACGGUCCGUGAAAUUAGUGGAGAAAGUUCUGCAUUUCCUGAAAUUAGAAUAGAAACAUCCACAAUUCAAGAAGCCAGGGGUGAAACAUCUGCCUAUCCCGAAAUUAGCAUAGAAACAUCCACAGUCCAUGAAACCAGUGGGGAAACAUCUGCAUUUCCCCAAAUCAGCAUAGAAACUUCGAUGGUCCACGAAAUCAGUGGUGAAACAUCUGCAUUUCCUGAAAUCAGAAUAGAAACAUCCACAAGUCAAGAAGCCCGAGGUGAAACAUCUGCAUUUCCUGAAAUUAACAUAGAAACUUCCACAGUUCAUGAAAUCAGUGGGGAAGCAUCUGCAUUCCCUGAGAUUAACAUAGAAACACAAACAAGCCAAGAAGCCAGGGGUGAAACAUUUGUCUAUCCUGAAACUAGCAUAGAAACAUCCACAGUUCAAGAAGUAAGUGGAGAAACCUCUGCAUUUCCUGAAAUUAGAAUAGAAACAUCCACAGUUCAAGAAGUAAGUGGAGAAACCUCUGCAUUUCCUGAAAUUAGAAUAGAAACAUCCACAAGUCAAGAAGCAAGGGGUGAAACACCUGCAUUUUCUGACACUAACAGAGAAACAUCCACAGUCCACAAAACCAGUGGAGAAGCAUCCUCAUUGCCUGCUUCUAACGUCGAAACAGCUGCCACAUCUUUGGCUCGUGGUGAGCCCUCUGGUGCUCCUGAGGAGAAGGAAAUUCCUGAUACAACAUCUGGAGCUGUGACACACUCAAUCACAGGUGUUUCAGGGGAAGCCUCUGUCCCAGACUUUGUAAUUAGUACCAGUACUCCAGAUGUUGAACCAACACAGGGACACAGGAACCCUGAAGAGGCUCAGCUUGAAAUAGAGCCAUCACCUCCCGCGGUGUCAGAACAACAGACAGAGACAGAUGCUGUUCUAGACAAUCCCCAUCUGCUGGCCACUGCUACAGCUGUCCUGCCUCAAGUGUCACAAGAAGCAAUAGAUGCAUUAGGACCCACCACAGAAGACCUGCAAAACUGUGAGGAAGGCUGGACCAAGUUCCAGGGCCACUGCUACAGGCACUUUGAAGACAGGGAGACUUGGAUGGAUGCAGAGAACAGGUGCAGACAGUAUCAAGCCCACCUGAGCAGUAUCAUCACCCCGGAGGAGCAAGAUUUCGUGAACAGCCACGCACAGGACUACCAGUGGAUUGGCCUCAGCGACAGAGCUGUGGAGAAUGACUUUCGCUGGUCCGACGGGCACUCUCUGCAAUUUGAGAACUGGCGGCCCAACCAACCCGACAACUUCUUCUCGGCGGGUGAGGACUGCGUUGUGAUGAUCUGGCACGAGCAAGGCGAAUGGAACGAUGUCCCCUGCAACUAUCACCUCCCUUUCACUUGCAAGAAAGGAACAGUGGCCUGUGGGGACCCUCCUGUUGUGGAGAAUGCCAGGACCUUCGGCCGGAAGAAGGACCGCUACGAAAUAAACUCCCUGGUGCGGUACCAGUGCAACCAAGGCUACAUCCAGCGCCACGUGCCCACGAUCCGGUGCCAGCCCAAUGGGCAGUGGGAAGAUCCACGGAUAUCCUGCAUAAAUCCCUCCAACUACCAGCGCAGGCUAUACAAGAGGAGUCCCAGGAGCCGGUCAAGACUCAGCGGCAGAGCCGUGCACAGACCCACCCAUUAGAGCGGGGCGAGAGACCGAGGGGGAAAGUGAGAGAGAAAGAGAGAUUUUUAACAGAACAGUUAUAUUAACAGAGUCGAUUUCUUCUUCUUCUUGUUGCUUUUUUGUCAUAUAAGGAAAAAAAAAAAUAUAUUAAAGACAAACCCACCUUUGUGUAUAUAUAUAAAAAAAAAAAAAUUAAUGUUUUUUUCCAUGCACCAAAGCAAAGCAAAUUAGAUCUCAGCAUUUUUACUAACCGUCCGGUUCCAAUUAUCUUCGUGCCUUUGGGGACAGGGAGGGGGGUGGGUUUGCAGAGGGCAGGGGGUUAAGUUAAAUAAUAAAGAUGAUUAUUUUUUCCUGAUUUUAUUCACGAACAAUGUAAUUAUUUCUGUUAUUUAAUCUCCAGGGUGAACAGCACCUUUUGGGGUUUUAUUUUAUUUUUUUUCCAGAAUCCUCCUAGUGCUGCAGCGUGUCGGGGCGGGCGGGGAGGGCCAGGGGGCUGUGGCGGUACGAGCUGUGGGAGAAGGGAGGCGAGGGGAUGCUGAGACCCGGGACCCGGACGCUGGGGCUGCAGCCUCUGUCUGCUUCCCCACCGCCCCCUCCUGCAGCGCAGCACCCGUCCUGGGACAACGUGCUCUUUCCAGGGGACCGUGCGGGGCACCAGCGUUCCCUGCACCUAUUUAUAUUUUUGAACAUAUCCUAUUUUGAAAGAAUGAUAAAUAAUAAAGAGAGUGAAAUCA